CGGCCGGGGAGGAAGUUUAGUGCCGACCCGCCUGCUUGGCCCUAAAACUCUCCUUCCUCCAAGCUGUCAUCACAUCUCCCUGCUCGGAAAUUAUCAGAAUCCCUUUUUUUUAACCUGCUAAAUAAGGCUCGACAAUGGCAGCCAAAAUCAAGGCCGGGUCAGUGGUGGAGAUGAAGGGCGACGAAAUGACCCGCGUCAUCUGGGAGCUUAUUAAGGAAAAGCUCAUCUUCCCCUACCUGGAGCUGGAUUUACACAGCUACGACCUCGGAAUGGAGAACCGCGACGCCACCGACGACAAAGUGACGGUGGAGGCGGCCGAGGCCGUGCAGCGCUACAGCGUCGGCAUCAAGUGCGCCACCAUCACGCCGGACGAGAACCGCGUGGACGAGUUUAAGUUGAAGCAAAUGUGGCGCUCGCCCAACGGAACCAUCCGGAACAUUCUGGGCGGCACCGUCUUCCGGGAGGCCAUCAUCUGCCGGAACGUCCCCCGCUUGGUGCCCGGGUGGGUCAAGCCCAUCAUUAUCGGGAGGCAUGCCCAUGGAGACCAGUACAAAGCCACAGACUUCGUGGUUCCUGGGCCGGGCAAAGUGGAGAUGAUCUACACGCCCUCUAGUGGCGAAGCAGUGAAGUUUGUGGUACACAACUUUGAAGGCACGGGCGGCGUGGCGUUGGGGAUGUACAACACGGACAAAUCCAUCAAGGACUUUGCUCACAGCUCCUUCCAGAUGGCCCUGACUAAAUCUUGGCCGCUCUACCUCAGCACCAAGAACACCAUCCUGAAGAAGUACGACGGGCGAUUCAAGGACAUCUUCCAGGAGAUCUAUGAGAAGGAAUACCGCCCUCAGUUUGAGGCCAAGGGCAUCUGGUACGAGCACCGACUGAUCGACGACAUGGUGGCCCAGGCCAUGAAAUCGGACGGCGGCUUCAUUUGGGCCUGCAAGAACUACGACGGGGACGUCCAGUCCGACUCCGUGGCACAAGGCUACGGCUCCUUGGGGAUGAUGACCAGCGUGUUGAUCUGUCCCGACGGACGCACCGUGGAGUCUGAGGCGGCGCACGGCACGGUGACGCGCCACUACAGGCAACACCAGCAGGGCAAAGAGACCUCCACCAACCCCAUCGCCUCCAUCUUUGCGUGGACCAGGGGCCUCCUCCAUCGGGCCAAGCUGGACAACAACAAGGAGCUGGGCGUGUUCGCCGAGGCGCUGGAGGCCGUUUGCAUCGAGACCAUCGAGGCCGGCUUCAUGACCAAGGAUUUGGCCAUCUGCAUCAAGGGGCUUUCAAAGGUGGCACGCUCUGACUACCUGAACACCUUCCAGUUCCUUGACAAGUUGGCAGAGAACCUGAAGACAAAGAUGUCUAAACAGCCCAAGCUGUGAUCACGCUUACACACACACAAACACACACACACACACACACACACUUUUCAUAGGUACACACUGCAUCUGGAAGUCUCCCCCGCCGAGUAACCCCAAAGCCGGCAGGAACCAGGCAGGACACAAGAAGGUGUAGUGUGGGCGUAUCGGGAUGAGUGCCUCCUCUCCUCUCAGUGAAGUACAAACAGACAAAAAUAAUGGACAAGCUGAAGGUGGAGCCUCGCCUGGCUUGUCCAAUAUUAUUAAUUUCCAUAGCAGCAGUGCUCAUGUUGUCAUGUUUGACACCAACAAUGCUUCAACUGUACCACAGACACACCUCAUCAACACUAAGCUAAAUAAGUGACAAAAAACUAGUUUUAAAUGUUGUUUUUUAACUGUUUAAUAACUUCAUUCUGCAAUAGGGAACUUCAUGAAAAUAUGCUUUGUAACUCAAACUAAGAAUGCCUUAAGUUGUUUCCAUGCAAGAAAACUAUUCCACAACUUUGAUUUUAAAUCAUUGUAAAUGCUGUUUAUCAUUUAAACGAACCUAAUAUGACAAUAAAACAUGUUUUUAUUAGUAGAUGAGACUGUCGUGUUGAAUGCUAAAACUCAAAAAGUCAUGGAUCUAAUUAUUAUAUUUUGUGCUGAAAUACAACAAUAUGCAGAAACAGGUUCACGUCAAAUAUUAAUUUAACUUAAUACUUGGUUUUCAUUUAUUUGCAUUUUUUAUGGCAUUAUUUAAAAAAUGGAGUUAAGUCCAAGUUAAUGUUUGGAAUAUAAUUUUAAAAAUAUCCAUUUUUUCAAGUUUUUAUUUCAAUAGUAUUAUUAGUCAGGGGGGAAAAAGAUAAUGGGAUUGUUUUUGUUUAAAACUGAGGGAAUUUUUUAUUAAAAUAUAUUAAUUCAGCAUUUUUAUUGGGUUUUAAUUUAUUUGCUUUUUUUGUGGCAGUAUUAAAAAAGUGAAGUUAAGUCCAAGUUAAUUCAAUUCAAUUCAAUUCAAUUAUUUAUUUAUUUCGUACUUGGAUGUGUACAUUUCAACAACAUUUCAACAAUCUCACAUACCUUACUGCAUUCAAUACACAGCCAUGUCGAAAAGGAACAGGAUGAAGAAAAUCUUAUAUUUCCUGCCCCUUCGCACAAAAGAAACAUUUUCUUGGUAUUUCUUUGCCGGUAGUGCAUUAGAACAUCCAAUGCAACAAAUCAAUACAAAACAAUAUAUCACAUAUGCACACACAGGCACCCGCACCCACCCACCAGGGGCGUAGACUCUAGAGUAGUAAAAAAGGCUACAGGACAUGUAUGACCCAGUUGACAAGAAAAGUUAUUGUUGCCUAAAAACUACAAGUUUGUACCCCUACCCAGUGCACACACUCAUAGAAAUUAAUAGAACAAACAAUCAAUGAAAAGAAUAAACAAGCAAGAUAAGUUGAACAAAAAAUAAACAAACAAAACAAAAACUGAAAAAAUAAGGCAAUCACUCAAACCAAACAAACUGAAAAAGAACAAGGCAAUCAUCCAAACCAAACAAACUGAAAAAGAAUAAGGUAAUCAUUCAAACCAAACAAAACUGAAUAGAACAAGGCUAUCAUAACAAGGUAUCAUUCAAACCAAACAAAGCUAAGAACAAUGUGAUCAUUCAACCAAGGAUCCAUAGUGCAUGUCGAUAAAGAAAAAAAAAAAAAAAAAAAAAAAUGAAAGGAAAGCUAGACUAUACAA